AUGAAAACUAGAUUGAUAAACUGGCUUCUUUUGGUUGCUCUUUUCUGUCCUGCCAUCUACAGCACGAGCGGGGCUGAUCCAGCUCCUGCUUACGUUGACAUUGAUGGUGCAGUUCCUAGCUUGGCCAACUUGGCAAAACUUGGCUUCGACUGGGCCCAAGGGAUGAAUGCCGUAGUAACUGAGCAGAAAGAACAACUUGAUGUCGCUAUGAGAGAGUUAAAGGAGUGUGUUCUACAAUUACAAAGCAAGGUCGGCCGGUUAUCUAAGGCGGACAUAUCAGAGGAAACCACAUCAGACUCUACACCAAAAUCAAAUCAUGCAGUUGAUCUAGCGAUUGCAGAGGCAAGAAGGAUGAUUGAAAGAGCUUAUAUACAACCUAAUGCAAGUAGAAAGGGCUCUUUAACUGAACCAAACCAACAAGAUAUCAACGACAACAGCAUUGCUGAUCACAUUGAUAAAACCAUAAACGCCAUUACUAAGCUUGAACAAACUAGUGAGGCCUUUAAUAAUGCCAUCUUAAAACAGUGCCAGCGGUAUUUAGGAUCGUCCGAUCUGAAUCUACACGACACUAGGCCGUACAUUCAGAAAAGCAAGAGUCUUAGCCUUUACUUAUUGCUAUUCAAGAAUUAUAAGGCGCUAGAUAUUUAUAAUGUCGUUAGAAGAAUGUAUAACCUCUUCCAUCCUAAAUACUUCAAGCAAAUAUACUGGCGCGAAGAUCUUCAAACUCAAGACUUUCUGAACAUUGCCAUGAUGUUCGUGGCCUUAGAAGGCGGGCCUAACAACAGCAGAUUACAGGACCUUAACGAUCCAUUCAGCAAACCAUACAAGGACUUUAUUGAGAAUAUAACCAAGCAAAUUGGGCUGCUCGCAAAGAAAGGUAAUCUUGUUGAGCUUGCCGAAAUGUUAGAGUUAAUCUACUAUAACAAGCACACGGCCAAAGAGCUUAAUCUUAGUGAAGAAGAACACAACGCCCGGUUCCACUUCUUAAACGCCAAAACCAUAAUUUCAACCAAACCAAAUAUCUACCUCCUGAGAAACAGUCGACUGCUACGAUAUCUACACCCACUCAACGCCGAGCUUUAUAUGAAUAACAUCGAGUAUGAUUAUGACGCAAGUGAAUCAACCAUUACGCUCAGCACACCAGAUCAAAAACAGCAAUACAACACUACAGAGGGUAUUAGCGGCAGCCGAAGUAAAUUCGAGGCAGCAUUUGCGCUACAACACCUCAAAAGCGGAUAUUAUACAAUCAAGGCAGAUAAUAAGAGACAAAUCAACACAUUCAAGAAGAUCCUAGCCAAGUAUCUGCCAAAAGAUGCAAUGGACAGUAUCAUCUUUGAGUCGGCCGACACUAACCGUAGCAAUAUGCUGCUGUCGGCUAUGGCCUGGAUUGGGCCUGUUCUGGCCUUUGUUGUCUCCGCAGCAGCAGGUUCCAUAUUAGUCUCCAUUCUUCCUCUAGCCAUUACAACACCAUACACUCCAUUUGCUAUAAUUAUACUAGCCGUUCUCACCGCUGUUCUAGUACUCAAUGUAGACCUACUCCAGACGAACAAGUCGCUGAACCAAGACAAAAGAGUCAUGUCUGCAGUUCUAUUGGGUGCGCUAUUCUGCGGCUGGCUGCUAAUGGUUGCCUAUCACAUUGUCUAUUGCCAGCUAGUUUGGGGCUAUAACCCAAGAGAACUGGUUGUGUUUGGACUGUUGCUUAUCUCGUUUGUGGCUACAUCUAUUUCUCUUCUAGCCAAACUUAUCGCCGUCCGUGGGCAAAUAUCUAUCCUCCGGCAUCUCUACCACCUGUUAUACUUCUUGUCGUUUUUAUUGGCUGCGGCCGUGCCCAUUCUUGUUUUACUUGGCCACACUCUCGAUGCCAGACUGCUGCUCGAAUCUCAUGUCCUUAUUGCAGCAGCCUGUCUUUUGCUGGUUGGUGUGGUAAUCGAUGUCUUUGCAAUUCCUUUGGAUCGUGCUAGCCAUAGAUACACCAAGAGUGAAAAACGGGCCAAGUACAUUAAGAUAUUCAUAAUAGUCUUGGCAAUCACAAUACCUAUUUUAAUCGCGAUCAAGUUGAUUACUUCUUAUAACUUACUAGCCACUGACUUCACUGAAGUUGUUGGAUCUAACCUUAACCCCAGCACUCUCCAUUCAUGGCUCACAAGUGUCAAACAAGCCAUCGGCAUUAACUAG